UCCUGCAGGACCCUGGACAAGCCACAUAGGGCCAGAUUUUCUGAAGAACUCAGCAUUUGGUGUGUACCCUAAGGCCCCCUUUCCAAGGGCAAACUGACUCAGUAAGCUGUGCUGAGAUGAGAUAAGAACCCCGACCAUACCAUGGGCUCAUCAUGAAACCGCAUUCUAAGCCAGAGAUGGAAGUUACGCUUUCCCUGUGUUUGUUGCAUUAUCUUUCAUAUGAGGAACUUACUUAGCCACCUGAAGAUGAUGUGAGGUCUGAUUUACUGAGGAGUGUGUUAGAAUCACAAGCUGUCACUUUAAGAGCCGGGGGAAGCAGAGUUUCUUGGCCAUGCUUGCAGGCUGGGGCUCUGUGGGAAAGUGCCCUCAGUCAGUCCACAGGAGGCAUAUGUAAUAUUCUCAUUUUGCAGAGGCAGAUAGUUUAAAAAGUUUGGCCAGAGGCAUAAGGACCUGAAUAUUCGAACUUGGAUAGCCAGCUUUAGGGGCCAAAUUGACUCGCCCAAGGUCCGUCAUGCACAGUGCCACUCCAUGGCAGAACCAGCAGAGAACCCCAGGAGUCCUGGCUCCCAGUUUUUUGGUGGCUUUCCAUGGAAGGUUUAUAGAAACGAGCCCAGUAAUGCUGACAAACUCUAGGCGAUUCUAAGUGGGCGACAUGUUGAGCAGGACUGCACUUAGGCAGAGUUUGCUUGGGCUCUUUAUGGUUUACUGGGUCUGGUCUUAUUUGUCUAAUCAGACAGCAGGCUUAGCCUUGUCUGCAUUAACCACCUAGUGGGCAGGGAGUUUUGUUCCCAUGUAUCACUGAAACAAUUAGCCUGGAAAUUAACAUAGCCUUAUUCUAAUGACCCUCCCAUAAAUACCUGUUUGUUAUACUCCAUUGGCUGGGUGCAUGCAGUAGGUACAGAUGCAUAUUACGCUCCAAUGACAAGCAUAUUAGCAGCAUGUAAUUUACUAAUGCAAAAUUAAAACAGUCAUUAGGAUCUUGUGCUCUAUUUGGCAUUGGCAAAAUCAUAACAUUAGCAUACAUUUAAUCAUUAGGAAGUUAGCUGGAACCUCAAAGAAAUCCUUAAUUUCCUAAUACACGUUUCAUAUCACUUAUUUUAUUCCCUGCUAUGAGGUGCUUAUUUUUGCGACAGCAGCUUCAGUUUUAGUUUCCAUUAACUUAUGUGCCAAUAAUAUCCUUGGCACAGCCAAGGUCAAUCAGCAGCACCUUAUCCAAGCACAGAGACUAAGAUACAGCCUGUGCUUAGUACAGCAUACAUUGUUCCCUUUGGGGAAGAGAACAAACUACUUUAGCACUCUUUCUGCCUGGCUGGUGUCAAGGGCUGCUUGAAGGGAACUGUGGGCCUUGCUGGAACAAUAGCCAACAGGAAUCAGCACUGACAGGAUCUGUACCUAGCAUCAUAGUCACUUCUGGUUUUUCAUUUCAGUGCAGUGUCUGAGCUGGAUUAAGAGCUCCUGCAACCAGAGGAAAGGCAGCUUGGAUCAGUAGAUGGGGGCACCAGGCUAGGAGUCAGGAAACCUAGGUUCAUUGACUUCAAGUCCAGUAGGAACUCUUAUGAUCAUCUAGUCGGACUUCCUGUAUAAAACCCAGACCAGAAAACCUCACCUGGUAAUUUCUGCUUCAAGCCCAUAACUUCUAUUUAAGUUAUUGCAGUGGCUCUGCCCCCCACCUGCUCUGUGACCUCAGACAAGUCACUUCCUCUUUGUGCCUCUGUUUCCUCUCCCACCUUUUGUCUGGUUUCUGUAUUUACAGAGUGUGAGCUCUUCGGGGCUGGGACUGUCUCACUAUGCGUGUGUGCAGUGCCCAGCCCAGCGGGCCCCCGAUCUCAGUCAGGGCAUCUAGGUGCUACUGCAAUACAUAAAUAAUAAAUAAUAAUAAGAAGAAGAAACAAAACACCCCCCACUCUCCCCCAGUGGGGUGUAGAUCUCCUUAACAAUGCAACAGUUACCACUGGGACCCAUCACAUUCUAGACAGCAAGAGGAAGCCUGAAGGUAAAUGGUCCUUAGUUCUACUUUUUUUUUUAAUUAUUAUUUAAAUAAAGACAACAGAACCUGCUCUCCCUUUUCCUAUGGGAGAUGAACGUGGUGUGAUGCUAGUUUAGUGUCCUCAUGAGUCCAUGCAACUCCAAUAGUCCAGAACAUGCUCAGAGUCCCUGUGGGGUAAUUAUUUGGGAGUUAAAAUGGAAAUACCAAGGGCUAGACCCUCAGCUUGUGUAAAUCCGCUAAGCCCAUGCAGCAGUGCCAAUUUACACUCACCAAGGAUCUAGUCCCAAACUUCAUGACCCCUCCAGGUGCUGUCUACAUAGUCAGAGGAAGAGAGAGUCUCUUCGGAGUUAGAGCCAAGACCAGUAAUAGGACAGACUUGAAUAUCUAAGGUGCCCAGUUGCUGAGCCACAAGCAACCUAUGUGCAAUGGAGAAGUGUGCACAGUUUCCUUCGCUGGGAGCUCACCUUCAGCAUGACAGGCUGAGAUAAGCUGGUUCACUGGGGUUGUGGCUACAGGCAGGCGAAGUCGUGCUUUGGCCACAGCAAGCACAAGCCGUAGGUUUGCUGUGCAGCAGAGGGAAGGCAGGGUUCCCAGAUCCUGUAUGGGGGUGCUGGAGCUCAUCUGCACUGGAGCGUGGGGGAAGAAAUUGAAGGCAGGGCUGCUGGCCAUUCCGCUGGCAUGUGUGUAUGUAUAGGUAGUGACCACAGCCCUCAGCCAGCAGUAGCAGCUGUGUUGACUACUGUGUGGGAGGAGGAGAGGAAAUAUUUGAAACCCCCCUUGGCUAUUAUCAGAAAGAGCACCCAGGAGACACAGGAAAGGCAGCGCUACAGAACCCGGUUUUGCAGAGCAGACUGCGGAAGCCACAUGGGUCAGAUUUUCAGGAUAACAGCAGCACACUGGGGACUGUAACUGACACAAGUGAACAGGAACAGAGGCCGCAGGGCCUGUGGCAUUGGCAACAGGGGUGGUUUCCCUACAAGGCGGGGGUAGGGUCUAAGCUAAGAGAGGAGCGAGAGGCUUUGCACUCCUUUCCCAGGCAGUUCCUUGAGAACACUCCUACACCCUGAAACUCAGCAGCUGCUGCCCAGCCCAGACCUGCACGACUGCCAUUCAAAGGAGGGGAGGGGACUCUUGUAUCCAAGGCUGGAGCACAGGGCCACGGCUAGGGAGAAGCAGAACAUAGUUGCCUACAAUGGAACAUGCCUCAGGAUCUUACAUCAGAGCAUGAACGGGUGGACCCUCAGCUGAGGUGACUAAUGGGGCAGGCAGGCAGAGCUGACUCACAGCAGGAAACUGCCUGCCUAUUUGAUCACCAAUAUCGUUUCCAAAGGAAGUUCAGGGUCCCUCAUGAUGUCUCCCCUGCAACCACUGACUCAGCCUGACCUGCUUAUCUUGCCAGCCCUGUGCAAAAUCACAAUGCAACAUGGUCUCCCUGCACCACCACUCAGAAGUUCAAGCCAAGGAUGCGAUCCUUUUCAUUCAAGGACAGAUCCUUAAACCGCUUUCAGAUGGCCUAGGGUGCAGUAAGCAAAGGCCCUGCUUAAAACCGUCUAGUGAUUCAAACUUUACGCAUUCCCAUUCUAGGUUUCCCUCUCUCCUGGCUUCACAUCAGCUACCCGUAUCAUAGUGCUAACACUCAGCCGGCAGAGACUGUCCCCAGGCAUCUUGAUACACACGAUCCUGGCCUUCUACUCAUCCACACAGCACAGAGUGUAUGCAUCUCUUUAUACUGAGAUAGCUAGGAUGGCAACAUGCAUAUAUAAAGGUGCACCUCUAUCUAUUGGAAACCGCAGUGCCUGCAGACUGCACUGGCUGCAGAUCAGAGGAUGUGACUUACAAGUCAUUGCCACCAUCAACUACAGGCCAUCUUUUACUACAGCAUAGGAAACGACAAGCACCCUAGUGCAAUGGAGACAAGCGCCUGCUCUGAUGGGUUCAUUUUUUUGUUACAAAUGGACAUAGACCUUCUGGAAAAGUCCAAUUGGAUUUAAUUGGAAUUAACCCAAUAGGACUUGAUAGAUAUCCUCCCUUCCCCCCAUUAAAAUCUGUGGGGAUUUAGAGUGAUUUUUUUUUUUUAACAAGUUUCCCAAGUCAGUCUAGAGCUCUUUAUUGAAUUCCACAGGAGUAUCCAGAAAAGAGACAUCUUAACAGAGAAAGAGAACCUCUCUUUUGGGACUUCUCUGUAAGGGGAUUAGAUUAGGGUUUGCUCCACACACUGCCUUAUCAGCAACCUUUAAUCAUGUUUACUCAGACCCACUGGCCAUUGGACAGUGAGGAUUCUACGCCCAGCACAAAGGUUCGGUACGUCUGGAUUCCAGGGAAAAUGCUUCACUUACUCAGCACAUUACAAGUGUGCUUAUUUGAUGCUUCCUAUGGCAGGGCCAGCGCCCAGAUAGAGUCUGAAACUUCUCUUAUGCAGUAGGUUCUACUUUCCCAGACUGAGGCCGAGUUCAGCUAUCUAACGAUGGAGAUUAAUAGCGAAAAUGAGGAGAAACCACUGCUUUUUACUUUAAGAAGAUUUCAGCUUUCUGAAGAUUAUGGUUUCCUUCUUCCAAAUCCUCUGAGCGAACUCCCUGCUCCCUAUGGGCCUUGGAUGGAGAUUGCCAACAACUUGCCUCACCUGAUCCAGAGCCAUCAGCUCCGUUCACAAGUUUACAAGAUGCCCCAGCUGAGCAGUCAGCAUCUCAAAGGGCACCGAGAGCUGCACUUGGCCCACCUGGCACUGAGCUUCAUCACGAUGGGGUUCGUCUGGCAAGAAGGCGAGGAGGAGACCAUCAAGCUUCUGCCACGAAACCUUGCUGUUCCCUACUGGGAGAUCUCACAGAUGCUUGGGCUACCUCCUAUCCUGGUCCACGCGGAUUUUGUGCUAGUGAACUGGAAGAAAAAGAAUCUUAGUGGCCCUUUGGAAAUAGAGAAUCUGGACACCAUCUUUUCCCUGCCCGGAGGGGAGAGUUUGAGAGGAUUCAUUCUAGUUACUCUCCUUGUUGAGAAGGCAGCAGCGCCUGGGGUUAAGGCAGUUAUUCAGGCAGGUAAUGCCAUCCUGCAGCCUGACAAAGAAGCCCUGCAUAAGGCCUUGCAAGAGCUGGCAAAGGCCAUUAAAGAGAUGACCGAUGCUUUGAAACGGAUGCACGACUAUGUGGAUGCAGCAAUAUUUUAUGCCGUGAUUCGGAUCUUUCUGUCUGGGUGGAAAGAUAACCCAGCAAUGCCAGGAGGGCUGAUAUAUGAAGGAGUUUCUGAUGAGCCCAUGUCAUAUUCUGGAGGGAGCGCAGCACAGAGCACAGUACUUCAUGCCUUCGAUGAAUUAUUAGCAAUUCAUCAUAGCAAGGAAAGCACUGCAUUUCUACACAGGAUGAGGGACUACAUGCCACCCCACCACAGGGCCUUCAUAGAAGAAAUCCAUUCUGCCCCUUCACUGAAACAACAUAUACUGUCCGCUGGAAAUGAAAAGCUACGCAUAGCUUACAACCAGUGUGUGUCUGCCCUGGCAGACUUGAGAACCUAUCACAUUGCUAUCGUCACCAAGUACAUCACCACAGCAGCUGCUAAUGCAAAAGCCAAGAAAGGAAAACCAAGCCACUGGGUGGGCAGCCUUCAGAUUAACCCACCUUCAUCGUUACAAGAGAGGGGCACUGGUGGCUCAGGCAUCCUGAGCUUCUUGAAGAGUGUCAGGGACACAACGAAAGCAGGGAUAAUCCAGGGUUAAACGCUGUCGUGCCACAUGCGUUUCACUAGGGAUGAGAGGCGUGCGCAAGCUUAAGACCAAAAGAGCUUUUUGUUUAAUAUUUGCGUGUAGCGCAUGUGCCAAGAUCUGGCUGGGAUUGCCCUAGUUGAAAGGUCCAUCUUAGGUAGAGCA